CAUAUCGCUAGUCAAAGCACGGCUUUCCUUCCCUCCCCUUAAAUUUGUACAGCUUUGCGCGGCCCAGGUCUGCAGUGGUUGUCAUGCAUUAGGAAACGUCUUGAAAAAAGGGAGAAGAGUGGUGAGAACCGGGUCGAGGAAGCCAAAUGACGAACGAGGACAUCGGACAUCCCUGGCGGAAAGAUGCCACUAUAAGCUCCACACACACGGAAUGUCUAUCUUCUUGUCCUUGGUCGACGAGUCGUUAUGAUGCAGGGUGCCAUGAUUCAGUGGAUACUGUGAGUCACUCCACUCAUGCCUGUGCCGGUCUCGGUGUUUCGUGUCCUUUCGUCUUCAAAUCGCAUUCCUACCGUUAAUUGCGUCGACUGACACCAUCAUGGCAACUCCUUUCGUCGUGAGUCGCGAACCUGCGACGCCUCGGCGGACGAGGUUCGCCCCGGAAGAAAUCAACGUGCUCCUGGAAGAGGUGAAGAAACAAAAGGAAGUGCUGCUGGGCCCAGUCACCCAGGCGAACACCCAGACGAAGCAGAACAGGGCCUGGGAAGUCGUCGCCUUCGCCAUGUGCUCCGCGACCGGCACCGAACGGUCCGGAAGCGAAGCGAAGACCAAGUUCGUGCAGAUGAAGCACGCCGCGAAGCGACGCUAUCUGCUGGCCAUCGCUCAGAGAAAUGCGGGCAUGGAACACCGUCAACAGUCCCAGACGGAUGCGAAGGUCCUUGCGAUCGUCGGAAGACCGACCAAAGCAGAAGUGCAUAGUUUCGUUCGCAGGCCUUUCCUAUCCGCCGGACAACAGCAAAAUGCUUCCACGGCGACACCCAGACCGACGGAAGUGACGCUCGCAUCGAGAGACGACGACCCAGCCACGCCAUCGACCCCUUACCCAGUCCCAUCGACCUCCUCGCAGAACACCGAAGGGCGCAGCGGCCUCGGAUGGAACAGGCAAUCGUCGUGCCUCCCUUGCUAUCCUUCGAACCCAGUCGGCGGGAACGCGGCGCCGAGCGAGAGCGACAUUUCCGCAACGCUGCUGGUGGCGCAAGGGCCGAUCCUGAGGGAACUCAAGAGCAUCUCUUCUUCCCUGAAGGAGCUGGUGGAAUACCAGAAGCAGCUCAUCCUAUUGCAGGCAAAUAAGUGCGAAUCCGAUUGAUAGAGACUUUCUCCACUCGUCCGACCGAUUUUUUUCAACUUUCCAAACUUCACGGGGG